AUGUUUGUAAAUACAGCGAACAACUCUUUUUUAAACCGAACUGUUGUAGGUCACAAUGAGGUUUGGCAAAGAGUAGGGUGCAUCCGUUUGAAACGACUUUACCUUACCUGCGGGCAUGAGGUCGAGAAGAUUGUCCGCUGUUCUAUGCCAUUUUAUUGGGUAUACAAUCGCAGAGAUGACGUCCAGCUGCCGCAACAGCCGGCAUCAAUCUUCGACCGGGUCGAGAAGGUGAACCCGGAGGAUCCGGGUCCAGCCCCAUUUUUUGGCUGUUUUGAUUGCCUCGAUGAAAUCGAGGAGCGGUAUUCACUCGGCUGUCCGGACUGCUCCGGCCAAGGCAGUGUUCAUAGCCGACGUGACCUUGUAUCACGCAUCGGUAUCAAAAGCGGCAGUGAUAAUCCGGCGGCCUAUGAAUUGAUGAAGCAAAAUUAUCAUAGGUACCUCCUCGAAUUUUUGAAAUUCUGGCCCGAGCAUGCCGUAAAUAUAUUUCGGGUUGAAACAUUAUACAGAUCCAAGGCGAACGCCAGGGAAGUACAGGACGAUGACGGGCCGGACCUCGACAUUUACCGAGAGUGUAUACGCGAAAUUGGCCCCGACUUGUGGUCUGGACCUGACCAACUGCUUAUGCUCCUGAUGGAUAAAAUGCUACCCGAACUCAAAUGCCGUCAGGAGACGAGUCAUCCUCCUCCAGAUGCGGCGUUGGAAUGGGAAACCAAGGAAACCCACCUGGGUGAACGCAUCCCUGCUCUCAACAACAUCUCCACGGAUCUAAAGAGAGCCAUGGCUCGGGACGUGGAAUGGAGUCUCCGAAAUGAGCUUUUUAUGAUCUUGACACCCUGGAGUGCGGAAGACGCUGAUGACGACGGAAAUUCAAGACAGUAUGACGACCAGCCCUUCCGCGAGGAGGCCGAACGGUACCAAAGAUACAUGUGGGCAUUCAGAUCGGAGAAUAUCGCAGGACCUUACAAUCCCGGCAAAGGUCCGUAUGAUAUCCUGGAAUUUGUCCCGCAGUGGCCCCGUGAGAUCCUGGACGGUCGCGUAAACCAACUGAAAGCCGACCUGCUUGAGGAAACGACCCGAGCUGAGAUCGAGGCACCCAGGGGAGAUGCAACAAUUCUCGGAGGUCGUAACCCCGACCAAUACGUACGGCACGAGAAUUUCAUCACCCACACUAUGGGCUUUAUAUUCCAGCUAUUGGCACUCGACCCGGGGCUCUCUGGCGAUCGCAUGAUCGAGAUUGGGAGGUUGUUUCAUUCCCUGCAAAUGGAGCCGUGGUACGAGAUCUAUGGUCACCCUGAAAGAGGUUCCAUACUUGAGAGGGGAGUAGGGUACAUCCCACAGGGGCAUGAGGGAAGCAAUGCCGAGUUCCGGAGCGUCAUCGAGGAUUGUGUGGAUUUCUUUUCGACCCCACAAGCGGGGAUGCAGUUGCCCCUCGAACUCAAUUGGUGGUGGGAAAAACUCUCAUAUCACGGCUUGGAUGGGGACCCGGGGUACGCAUUGCAAAGUGUGGACUUGACAUUGGACCAGGUCUAUGUCAAUGCCAUGAGCCAUUGGGUGACAUUCUAUAAGAAUUGGCUUCAAAUACUCGCCACCGUCGAGUUGAGCCUUACAAAGCUGACACAGCAGCAGCUGGACAGCCAGACCGACAAAGACUGCCCUAUAUGCGGCGACCAGUACGAUGUGAACCACGAGUUCAACUGUCCAGUCUACUACGGUUGCCCGAACAACCAUGUGCUGGAUAAGAAGUGCUAUACAACUCUCAGCCUUACGCCCACCAGACCCUACAACAAUUUGCGGGGUGAUAGAUACUGCCCGUCAUGUCGGGCCGUGCUUCAGUACAAUGAGGCUUUGCAAACCAAUGUUAUAGCGAAUAUUCAUUUUAGGCCGUUGCUGGACGGUGUUUUCAAUCCGGGGAGCUUCAGGAAUUAG